CCUUCAUGACAGGAUUAGGGGUACAACCGCCCUGUGCUAUAACUGCCUCCAACUCUCUUCAACAACAACAACAUAUGCGGCUUAGCUCUCGUUGGCUUUAAUAAGAACUAAGUCUGUAAUAAUGGUGUUUUAUUGUCAGCGUUACUGUUAUGAGAAGAAGUACUCAACGAAGGUGGUAACAUGCAAGCCUGCCAAGCAGGAAAUUAUAGUGAAUGGCAAGAAGAAAAAAGUUGACUGCUAUGAGAUGACAUUCGAAGACACAGUAAUGUUUCCUGAAGGUGGAGGUCAGCCAGAUGACCGAGGUUUAAUUGAGGGAAUUCCUGUAUUACGUGUUCUACGAAGAGGGGGUGAAGCUAUUCACUACUUGGAGAAACCCCUUGAAGUGGGAGCAUCUGUCACCCAGGAGAUUGAUUGGACACGCAGACAUGAUCACAUGCAGCAACAUUCAGCCCAGCAUCUCAUCACAGCUGUAGCUGACGCUAUGUAUGGCUAUGCAACAAGUUCCUGGUAUUUGGCAGAGUCUGUUUCGUACAUUGAAUUGGACACUGAGAGGAUUUCCACAGAGGAAAUGAGUGCAAUUGAAGAAGCUGUUAACUGGAGAAUCAGAGAUGCUACACCAGUUCACAUAACAGAAUAUGAUGCUACAGACCCUAAGCUAAAGGAGAUUCGAACCCGCGGCUUACCAGAUGAUGUUGUGGGUCCUGUGCGUGUUGUAACCAUCGAGAAUGUAGAUACCAACAUGUGCUGUGGUACACAUGUACAUAAUCUGGCAGAUCUGCAGACCAUCAAGUUGCUACACACAGAGAAAGGGAAGGCUAACAAGACUCUACUCUACUUUGUGGCUGGAACUAGAGUUCUUAAGUACUUGGGAAGCUGUGUCACACGAGAGCGCCAAUUGAACACACUGUUACACUCAUGUCCAUCUGAUCACCUGCGCCUUGUGGAGAAAAUACAAAAAGACCUCAAAGGUGCUCUAAAGUCCCUACGAGAUGCCUUGAAAGACUUGGCAGUCUCCGAGGGACAAAAAUUUCUGGCUCAGCAUCCAAGACCUCAGGUGUACUUUCAUCAUCGAAGAGAUGGAGAUAUGGAUUACCUCAGUGCCAUUAUUAAUGAGAUAGAUGAUGAGUGUGUGCUCAAGAUGUUGACAGCUGGUGAAGAUAAAGGGCCUGGACUACUGGUAGUACAUGGCCCCCCUACUCUUGUUACUAAAGUAGGACCAAGACUGUGUGAGAUUUUAGAAGGGCGAGGUGGAGGAAAAUCACGCUUCACAGGGAAGGUGACAAGGCUUGACAAGCGAGGAGAGGCUGAAAGGUAUAUUCAUAGUAUCCUUCAAAAUGAAGAAACUGAAACUUGAUUGUAUUGCUUAUAGCUCUGUUGAAAACCUAAAUAAAUAAAUAUCUUAAAUGGA